UCUCUCUGUCCCUCCCCACCCACCAUUCUGUGUACGGUCACCAUGCAGCGAGCUGUGUCUCUGUCUCUCUCCGUGUCCCAGCGCCUGUUGGCCGCCGCCGCCCGGACCCCGACCCGGAGCCUCCACUCAGCCGCCGCCGCUCGCCGGCCGGCCGGGGACCUCGACACCCCCGCCCGGGGCAGCCCAGCCCCCGCGGCCCGGGACGAAUCCUCACCCUACAGGCUACAGGGACGGAUACCCACAGACUACGACAGAAAGGUUCUGCUAUGGGUGGGACGGUUCAAGACGGACCAGGAUAUACCAGAAAUAGUCUCCAUCGAGAUGCUUCACGCAGCAAGGAACAAGAUAAGGGUACAGAUCUGCUACCUGAUGAUCGCCCUGAGUGUGGGGGCCUGUGUGGUGACGGUGGUUUCGGGCAAGAAGGCUUUUAAACAACGUGACAACCUCACCAAGUUGAACCUGGAUAAGAAGGCCAAGCUGAAGGAGCAGUACAUGCUGGAGCAGGGGAUUGCGGCUGACAAGACUCAGUAACCGACGGACAUUCAGCAGCACCUAAAGCACACGGUGCUGGGACAACUCGGGCAACAGAUCCACAGGAACAACACCAGUGAUGACACGGGUCAGGACCUUCCUUCAGACUCUCGGGGUAGAAGAAACAUCUUCUGGUCCGGACCCAAACCUCACCUGUCGUUGAUCCCCAGAGAUGCUGCCUGAGCCGCUGAGUUGCACCCGCACUUUGUGCCUUAUCUUUGGAACAAUCCAGCAUCUGUAGCCCCUUGUGUCUGUGUCAUUGGUUGAAGCAGGUAUUAUCCACACUGGAUGUGGAUCUCAUCAACAUCUCCCUGUGUUCAUUCACUCUCACAUUUAAACCCACCCCCUGUGGGAUAUUCCCUUUGCCCCUGCCCCCACCCUGGACCUGCUGCUGUGAAGCGACACUUCUACUGGUACCCCACCAUGCCUUGAUCUUCAAAUCCCACCCUCUCCCUGCAAAGUGUCAUGUUAAUGCCCAACAUUGCCGCCGCAUCUUUUGAAACAGCAUUAUUAGCAGCUCCAUCAG